GGAAAUUGGAGGGAUAAGCUCCACGCUACAUCAACAUAUGCAUUGGAGGUAUAUUCUGAGCAAGUAAGGAGCUGCAUAGAAAUAGCUUUAAGUUGUGUAGACGCCGACCAAUGCAAAAGGCCGAGCAUUGGAGAAAUCAUUGAUAAGUUAAUUCAGAUGGAGACUAGGAUUCACAAAAUGACCCAAUCUCCAGGAACAUCAAUGGAUCAGAUGGGCUCCUGCUUGCUGGAUGCAUCUGAAAAGAGAGGAAGAGAGUUGUUAGGUGUCCAUCCCCUCCAGCUCCGGUUCCCCUUUGAACCGAAUAAGUUGAUCCCCUACCAACUUAAUCUAACGAACAACUCAGAUGAGUAUGUCGACUUUAGGUGUGUCCCAAAAAAACCCAAGAGUUUCUUGAAUGGACUGUCGCGGCUCCAUGGAAGCAUGCCGCCAAACACCAGUUGCAUAUACGUUGUAACGAUGGAAAAGCACCAGCAACCACCUGCAAACAUGGACACUCUUGAUGUUAUCCUAGAGAGCUGGGUAGGACAUAGAUACACGUGUGGGUGGGGCAUGGAUGACUACUUCUCUACGGGGCCCAAAGAGGAUCUGAGCGGCUGUCCGGUGCAAAAGGUAACACUGAAGGCUGUUUGUGAGCCAGCAGGCAAGAUGAUGGCAUCUGAGGUUAGCCAUAUUGUACUUCUAUAUGCAAAUUAACCAAUCUCAGCUUAAGAUGAUGCAUAUUCAAUUAUGUGAUAUUUCUUUGUUAUUUUCUUCUCUUGUCAACGGCCUGUUGGUGCUAUUCAUUACCUGACAGCCAAUUAAACCAAGAAUGAAAGUAAGGACUUCUUUUCUCCUACAUGUACAUAUUUCUUAAUUAUUUUCACUGGACUGUUUUAAGAAAACUAUUUGUUUAGGUCAUGUACUGCAGGGGUGGCACUUUGUCGGAAAUACUAUCGAUGGAUGUGCAUCCAACGAAGCCCUGGUGAGUUCACGCAUCCAGCAGUAUUCAUUGGAAGG